UGUACAGCGCCUUUCUUGCUGUGUCGACAACUUCGAUCACUCUGGGAAUAGUUAUUAAUUGUGAUCCUCCGAGGUGGUGCUGUGCAUAUGUAAUAACAAGAAAAAGGAACGAGACCUAGAAUUCCGACUCGGCUAUCUAUGCUAUCACUGGCAAUUAGUAGCGGCAGGACUAUAUUAACAAGAUACGGAUCGGAAAUUACUAAAAUCGUCAACAACUUAUAAUCGAGUCACCGUUAAUUGGCCGGAAAUUAAUGAACAAAUAUUGAACUUGAGUAUUUUUCAACGCUAUCGUAAUGAACAACGGAAGUGAUUCCAGUGAGUACGCGUAUCUACGCGCAGUUGUACAAUCGAUGACGUACACCCACAGCGAAGAGUUGUUAUUAACCGUUAUUUUACCAAUUAUAUUUACAGUUGGCGUUGUUGGAAACUUGUUCGUGAUUGUCAUAUUUAUUCGUCUGAAAUCAAUGCGCACUGCACCCUACGUGUACCUGUUUACUCUCGCAGUAGUGGAUAUGCUGUUUCUUCUUCUGAUGGCACCGGUACAAUGGAUCAUGUACUUGUCAAGUCGGAUACACGAGGAUUUCUCAAGCCUUGGAGUUGUUUCUUGUAAAUUUUACCUGACAAUCCAAGAUUUUUGUGUUCUCUUCUCUGCUGUUAUAUUCACUUGUGUGACCAUUGAACGUUACAGAGCUAUUUGUCACCCGAUGACAUUAGAUAAAUCGAAGGUUUCAAAGCGAUCGACUAUAGCUUGCAUUGUCUCUAGCGUUGUCAUUAUCAUAUAUAAAAUCCCUACAUUCACGUUUGCAACAUUAGCAGAGUACCCCAUACUCGUCGGAAUGAACGAAAACAUUACUUCCCAUUUUCCCGAAUUUCCUGACUAUGCUCUGGUGUGCGUGUACUGCAAUGGCUUAAAAACCCCAGUUAGGUGUGACAACUUUAACAAAACAUUCUAUUUUGACUCUUUUAUUACAGUUAUAAUAGUACCAUGUGUGUCUACUCUAUAUAUCAUUAUAUUAAUUCAUCUGUGCAAUCGUCAAAACAUUUCAGACACCGGGGGCUCGUCCGCGCACCUGACAAAAAUGAAGAUCCAGAGUGCGAUUAUGAUCUUUGUCGUUUUAUUCCUUUUCAUUAUAAGUACAGUUCCUAUCCGAGUAUUCACUUUUGUGUAUAAUCUACAUGCUAACAAGUUUGAAGAGAAGCUUGUUUCCGAAGAUACACUAAGUUCCAUUAUUUUCACAUCAAGGAUACUGAUAUUUCUAAAUUCGGCCGCUAACCCUAUCAUUUACCAUAUUGUUAGUAGUAAAUAUCGUACCGCGUUUAGGAAAGGAAUACUCUUCCAGAAUUUACGACAUUCGGAGAAAUCCUACACGAGAUCAAGAUUGACAAGAGAAACUAAAUUGUCAAUCAUACAAGGAAAGCAGAUUAUUUUAGAUUAAAGCCUCAUUCACAACGAAUCUGAAUUUUCGGAUCGGAAGGCCUGCCGAACUGACCAGAAUCAGUGUAAAAAUAGGGAAGAUGGCGUUCAGUGCAUCAGAAGCGCGGUCCGAAUUUCGGUUCGGGUCCGAUGUGACUUGUACUUAUAUUUUAAUACAUUCGUCCGUUGUAUAAUGUAGGCCUAAUUCCUGACUAUAGCGUCACAAGCCUCGCUGCAAUGUUGAUUUAAUGUUAUUAUCUGACAUAACUCAGGGGCGGAUCCAGGAUUUAAAAGAGGGGGGUUCAA